AUGGAACUGGUCUCCACAGCAGUUGGCGAGUUUACAGUUGACGUUUUCAACAAGCUGAAUGAGACCAACAUGGGCAAAAACAUUUUCUUCUCCCCCUGGAGCAUAUCAUCUGCUCUGGCUCUGCUAUACCUGGGUGCAAAAGGCAAUACAGCAACAGAGAUGGCAGAGGUUCUUCAUUUCACUCAAGCAGCAGGAUCUGAAGGCUCUUCUGUGGCCAGACCUUCUCGGGGGAGACCAAAGAGAAGAAAAAUGGAUCCUGAGCACAAGCAAGCUGAAGAUAUCCAUUCUGGCUUCAAAGAGCUCCUGACUGCCAUCAACAAACCCAGAAGCACCUACUCUCUGAGAAGUGCCAACCGCAUUUAUGUGGAAAAAACCUUCCCAUUACUGCCUAGAUACAUACAGCUCAGUAAGAACUACUACAAAGCAGAGCCACACAAGGUUAACUUUAGCACAGCACCGGAACAAUCCAGAAAGGAAAUCAACGCUUGGGUUGAAAAACAAACUGAAGGCAAAAUCAAGAAUCUUCUGCAACCAUCAGAUGUGGUACGCGCCACCAAGCUGAUCCUGGUAAAUGCCGUUUACUUCAAGGCAGAAUGGAAUGAGAAAUUUUUGGCAGAAAGCACGCAUCUGCAACCCUUCCGACUGAGCAAGAACAAGACCAAGCCUGUGAAGAUGAUGGCCAUGAGACAUACAUUUCCAGUUCGCAUCAUGGAAACAAUGAAUUUAAAAAUUAUUGAGUUGCCAUAUAUGAAAGAUCUCAGUAUGUUCAUCCUCCUUCCCGAUGACAUCAAAGACAGCACUACGGGUCUCGAACAGCUGGAAAGAGAACUGACGUAUGAGAAGCUGUCUGAAUGGACUGAUUCCAAGAAGAUGACUGAAACUUUUGUGGAUCUGUCCCUACCUAAGUUCACAAUGAAGCAGAGAUAUGACAUCACUGAUAAUCUGUACAGCAUGGGAAUGCAGAGUGUCUUCAAAGACGCUGAUUUCAGUGGAAUGGUUGAGAAGGAUGAUCUGCUGAUCUCCGGAGUUCUGCACAAGUCUUUUGUUUCAGUUGAUGAGAAAGGCACUGAGGCAGCUGCUGCUACUACAAAUAUAUUAUUUAUAAGUCCACCUAUUGUCCAUGUUCUGAAAUUUAAUGUUGACCACCCUUUCCUCUUCCUCAUCAGACACAACAAUUCCAAGACCAUCCUCUUUUUUGGCAGAUUCUGCUCUCCCCUAGAAUGAGUUAUUGGUUGCUCCCAGACAGCACCCAAGAUUCACUGUUCAAUGGAAAAAUGUGAACUGCAGUGUUAAAAGCUCAACCUUCAGCCAUGUAGCCAUAUGUACCAAAAGUGUAUGUCCUUUCU